AUGCGAACCGUGACUAACCUAUAUUUAGCUAAUUUGGCUGCCAUAGAUUUAUUGUAUUUAUUAAGUGUUAGCUUGGCUAUAAGUGUUUUAACUUUAACAGCGACUAGUGUAGAUCGAUAUUAUGCUAUAAUUCACCCCGUUAGAUCCAGAACUACCAGGACAUCAAGAAGAGCUCAGACUACUUAG